AACAUGUUUGCGCUUCUCAUUCGUCCCUUGCUUACCUCACUAGCAACUGUUUCCACCCGAUCAUAACUGUCAAUGCCGGAACCCCACGGCUCGCAGCGUCAUAGGAACAGUUAAAAUAUUCAGUAUACACCACCGGCGAUGCCACAACUCUCACCGGAGUCCCUAAUCGGGCAGCGAUGUAGAUGAGGAAGAAGAAGAAAGACAAAGUUAAAACUAAAACAAGACCCUCCUCGCGCAAUACUCGCAUGAUUCGUGUCUUCAAUGCCCUCUUUCUUUCCGUCACCCAAGAAAAAACCAGUACCCUGCAUCGUCCAAUCCAUUAUAGAACUCUCCUCUCGCGGUAACCUAUCAGAAGCCAUCUCAUCCCUUCCUAUAUUAGUCAGGAAAGGCCUGCGUUUGCCUUCUCAAGCCCUAGCUCAUCUACUGCAACAAUGCGCAGCAACUAAGUCUCUGAAAUUGGGAAAAUGGGUGCACCUUUACUGCAAGCUCACCGGUUUGAAGAAACCUUAUACGUUUUUGUCCAACAAUUUGAUCUUUAUGUAUAUGGAAUGCGGAGAUCUGUCCAAUGCAGCUAAGGUGUUUGAUAAAAUGUCUGCUAGGAAUAUAUAUUCAUGGAAUAAUAUGCUCUCUGGGUAUGCUAAAUUGGGAAGGAUAAAGGAAGCUAGAAAUCUGUUUGAUAAAAUGCCGGAGAGGGAUGUUAUUUCUUGGAAUACAAUGGUGAUUGCCUAUGCACAGAACGGAUGUUGCAAUGAGGCGGUGAGGUUUUUUCGGGACUUUAGGAGACUGGGGAUUGGGUAUAAUGAGUUCAGUUUUGCAGGCAUUUUGACGGUAUGUGUGAAGUUAAGAGGAUUGGGGCUUGCUAGACAGGUUCACGGGCAGGUAUUAGUUAGUGGAUUUUUGUCAAAUGUGGUGCUUUCGAGCUCAGUGGUUGAUUCUUAUGCAAAGUGUGGGGAGAUGAGUGAUGCAAGGAGGUUGUUUGAUGAAAUGCCCGUGAGAGAUGUCCUUGCUUGGACCACCUUGGUGUCUGGGUAUGCUAAAUGGGGUAACAUGGAGGCAGCGGAUGAGUUGUUUGACGAGAUGCCUAAGAAGAAUCCUGUCUCAUGGACGGCUUUGAUUUCUGGUUAUGCUCGACAUGGCCUAGGACAUAGAGCUCUUGAAUUGUUUACAAAGAUGAUGGUUUUCUGUGUAAGACCUGAUCAGUUCACUUUUAGCAGUUGUCUUUGCGCUUGUGCCAAUAUAGCUUCACUUAAGCAUGGAAGACAGAUACAUGGUUGUUUGGUGCGUACCAACUUCAGACCUAAUACAAUUGUUGUGAGCUCUCUUAUCGAUAUGUACUCAAAGUGUGGAGCUCUUGAAUUUGGUAGGCGGGUUUUUAGUGUAAUGGGUAAUAAACGAGAUGUUGUUUUGUGGAACACAAUGAUUUCAGCCUUAGGUCAGCAUGGUCUUGGUGAUGCGGCGAUGAGGACAUUUGAUGACUUGGUUAGUUUUGGAGUAAAACCAGAUAGGAUCACGUACAUUGUGAUCCUUACCGCAUGCAGUCAUUCAGGUCUUGUGCAGGAGGGCCUCAAGCUUUUCCAGUGCAUGAGGACCAUUGGCCAUGGCAUUGUCCCCGAUGAAGAACAUUAUGCGUGCUUGAUUGAUCUCUUGGGUCGAGCUGGGUGUUUUGAUGAACUAAUAGACCAGCUAGAUAAAAUGCCUUUUAAACCAGAUGACCGGAUUUGGAAUGCCGUACUUGGUGUUUCGAGAAUUCAUGGUAAUACUGAGAUGGGAAGAAAAGCAGCUGAACAGCUUAUUGAGUUAGAACCUCAGUCAUCUGCCGCCUAUAUAUUACUGUCAAGUAUAUAUGCUGAGCAUGGGAGGUGGGAAUCUGUAGAAAGAGUGAGACGACUCAUGAAAGAAAGAUGUGUGAGGAAGGAAAAAGCUAUCAGUUGGAUAGAAAUUGAAAAUGAAGUACAUUCUUUUGCAGUAUCAGAUCAGUUGCACUCAUUGAAAGAAGUAAUAUACUCUGCCUUGGAUCAGUUAGCUGGCCAUAUGGAAGAUGUUUUCUCUCUUGAUGCUGAAAGAUAGAAGUUCAUUAUCUCCCCUUCUUCGUAGUAGUUUCGAAAGACCUUCAAGCAGUAUGUUUCAUUUACAUUUAAAUUUCCAGAAGAAGUAAAAUUUUUACUGCCCUGAAACAAGCAGGCCUUCUCUGUUUAAAGGUUAUGAUGGAACCCCAAUAAUCAAAGCAUACUUGAUAGGUGAUGGUGACAAAUACAUUUUGCUUCAUCUUGUUUCAUCGAUUUUUGACUAAUUUGUAUCAAAUAAAAUUUUUGGUGGGAGAGUUCCCAGUUCUUGUCUU